CGCAAAAUAUGACCCUGAGAAACUCCCCCACCCCCACCCCCCUCUCAUCGCACCACUAACAACCGGCGCCGAACAACAGCGGUUUCUGCCUCAAAUUUCUGAAUGAAAUUUAGAGUUGAGUGUUUCCAAAAUGACAUCGUCCGACUUGUCUACACGAAUACAGAUGGAAAUUUCAAAAUUAUUUCCAUUGUUGGUACCUACCAGCCCAGAUUAUACCAGCUAUCAGGGUUUCUUAGAAGUAGAAGGUGCUUUAUUUCGUGUGUCCAUAGUGGCACCUAACUACCCUUAUUCCACAGGUGUAGUUUUUCAUUCAGAAUGGAAGUUGUCAGAGCUUCUAAGCAAGGAUCAAGACACACUAGCCAAGUGGGAAAGGAAGGAAAUGCUCUUGGAUUCAUUUCUUCAAGACCUACACGGACUGAUUAUUCGCUGUUUGGAAAAUGGUGGGAAUUCCCGUCUAGAUUUAGAGAAAGAUUCCAUUCCAUUCGAGGAACAGCUCGACAACCUGCAACAUUACAGUGCCAUUAUUUCAGAAUUAAAAGAGCUGGGAACAGCUAAUAUAGAGUCCUUAAGCAGUGAUUUACGAGAUAUUGCCAUUCAAUAUGAGGACCAAAAUGGAGAAGAUCAUGUGAUGAAAGUAAGAAUAAGUAAUGAUGAUACUGGAAAACUUAGUUUUGAAAUUAUUGACACAGACUUACCAGAGAAAAUCAUUAAAAUACUUCAAAAGGAACCAAACAUUACCAAAGCAUAUGGAGCCUUUUGUGAACAAAUUAGUGUCCUAAAUGGUCUCUGGAGUUCCUUUACUUUAAUAGACAAAAACUGCUGGGUUUUAGACCCAAUUCACCCACGGAAAGCUGAUAUGUACAGGAGAAUAUUUAUUUCGCCUCCUAGUGUUAUGGCUCAAUUAACAUGGGAUCCAUUAAAGCCUAAUCAACCACCAGAAAUAAAAUUUCAAGGAGCUGAUGCUGAAAUAGACACCCUUCGAUGCAUCUAUGAGGAACACUUAGAGGAUUGGGACCAAGAGAGCAAUGUUUUGGAUAAUUUGUGUUUGGUGCUGCAAUUGACAAGCCUGCCUCAACCACCGCCUCCAGAAACAAAUGCUGUCUCCCAAACUGUUGAGACUGGAGAGUGUAGCAUCUGCUACACUGUACAAUUAGAGGGGAAAUUGCCAGAAGAAUCGUGUGGAAAAUGUCUUACCAGUUUCCAUACAGAAUGUUUAUAUGAAUGGUUAAAAAUGAUGCCUGAUAGCAGACAAGUGCAUGGACACUUAAGUGGACCUUGUCCUAACUGUAAUACAAUCAUGAAGUGUCCAUGUCCACAUGCCUUAGCCUGAGGAGGAAUGAUGGUCUAUGAAAAAAGUUCCAAAGGUUUACAGAUCAAAGCUUUAAUUUAAAUCAUUAACUGUUACCAAAAUUACAUAAACUUUAAUCAAAAAUGUGUA